CCGCCGGCGCUCGGGUCCGCCUCUGACUGCGGCGCGGCGGGGCGAUGUGUGAUUACCAUGGCGAGGAGUCUCUGUCCGGGCGCCUGGCUCAGGAAACCCUGUUACCUCCAGGCUCGCUUUUCAUAUGUGCGGAUGAAAUAUCUUUUCUUUUCUUGGUUGGUGGUUUUUGUUGGAAGCUGGAUUAUAUAUGUGCAAUACUCUACCUAUACAGAACUAUGCAGAGGAAAGGACUGUAAGAAAAUAAUAUGUGACAAGUACAAGACUGGAGUUAUUGAUGGGCCUGCAUGUAACAGCCUUUGUGUUACAGAAACCCUUUACUUUGGGAAAUGUUUAUCCACCAAGCCCAACAAUCAGAUGUAUUUAGGGAUUUGGGGUAAUCUACCAGGUGUUGUGAAAUGUCAAAUGGAACAAGCACUUCACCUUGAUUUUGGGACUGAAUUGGAACCAAGGAAGGAAAUAGUGCUAUUUGAUAAGCCAACGAGGGGAACUACUGUACAGAAAUUCAAAGAAAUGGUCUACAGUCUCUUUAAAGCAAAAUUGGGUGACCAAGGAAACCUCUCUGAACUGGUUAAUCUCAUCUUGACCGUGGCUGAUGGAGACAAAGAUGGCCAAGUUUCCUUGGGAGAAGCAAAGUCAGCAUGGGCACUUCUUCAACUAAAUGAGUUUCUUCUCAUGGUGAUACUUCAAGAUAAAGAACAUACUCCCAAAUUAAUGGGAUUCUGUGGUGAUCUCUAUGUGAUGGAAAGUGUUGAAUAUACCUCUCUUUAUGGAAUAAGCCUUCCAUGGGUCAUUGAACUUUUUAUUCCAUCUGGGUUCAGAAGAAGCAUGGACCAGUUAUUCACACCAUCAUGGCCUAGAAAGGCUAAAAUAGCCAUAGGACUUCUAGAAUUUGUGGAAGAUGUUUUUCACGGCCCCUAUGGAAACUUCCUUAUGUGUGAUAUUAGUGCCAAAAACCUAGGAUAUAAUGAUAAAUAUGAUUUGAAAAUGGUGGACAUGAGAAAAAUUGUACCAGAGACAAACCUGAAAGAACUUAUGAAGGAUCGUCACUGUGAGUCUGAUUUGGACUGUGUUUAUGGCACAGAUUGUCGAACUAGCUGUGAUCAAAGUACAAUGAAGUGUACUUCAGAAGUGAUACAACCAAACUUGGCAAAAGCCUGUCAGUUACUCAAAGACUACCUAUUGCGUGGUGCUCCAAGUGAAAUUCGUGAGGAAUUGGAAAAGCAGCUUUAUUCUUGUAUUGCUCUCAAAGUCACUGCAAAUCAAAUGGAAAUGGAACAUUCUUUGAUACUAAAUAACCUAAAAACAUUACUGUGGAAGAAAAUUUCCUAUACAAAUGACUCUUAGUUCAUUUGGACAUCGUGAGCAUUAUAGGAAACUUCAAAAUUUUAAGGAAAAACUUUGAGCAUUAAAAAAAAAUAAGGCUUCUGAUUCAAGUCCCUGUCAGCUACACAAAACCCCCCUUCCCCUGGUUUUAAGAAGCCAUCAUCUUAAGAUACAAGUUGAUUGAAAUAAUGGCAGGAGGUAAAAGAUGACCAGGUCCAAAGAUUUCAUUCCUGCUGUUAGAAGCCCUGGUAGAUUUUCCAGUAUUCACUGUGUAACUAUUUUAACUAAUGACCUAAAAUAAUGCUGUGAAAAGCCUCAUUCCAUAAACAUCGACAGUGGAGUAUUUUGUAGAUUUGUCAGCCAAAAUACCAUUGCUGGAAACAUUUUUGCAUUGAAGCUGUUGAAAAAAAAUAUACAUUUAAAAAGUCUUAGCAUGGUAAAGUUUGCACAUUAACAGAAAUUAAGACUGCAAAGGUCAAGUUACUCCUUUACAAACAGAUGUUGGGUUAAUAGCAUGGUUUUUUUUCUACUUAAAACACUUAGACAUCAAAUGUUAUAUGGCUUCAGAAUAUUGAGUGGCUGUUAGCCUCUUAAUCAGUAAGAAAAUGUUCUACUUGACAAUAUAGAAUUGCCAAUUUUAGAGGCUGAAACUAGAUGAGCAUUCGUCAUCCUCAUUUUCAUGGGUCCUUCUUAGUUGUCAAUGUGCUAUAGUCCAUCAAAACUGAUUUUUUUCCAAAACUGGUAUUAAGGCCAUCAACCCAAUCCAGAUCCAUGUAACUGAAUUUGAGCUAUGGGGAAAUAGGACAUUAGGAGCCAGACUCUGAAAUCAUGGAACUUUUUAGUUCACAAUUUUCCAUUUUUGAACAGUAUUUCCUGUUGGCCAAAGGGCUAUUUCUUAAGAGGCAUGCAAAUUUUUUCAUGUAAACUUGAUAUGCAAGUUAAUAUUUGCCCUUUUAAUGUUGUUUUCAUGUUUAUUAAGAUCUGGCAUGUACCUUUCAACAUCUCCAUAAAAUGAACACUUCUUUUGAAGGAUAUUCUGCUCAAAGGUUUCACCUGAUUAAAGUGAACGUUAUGUGAACUUCAUUGGACAGCUCUCUCUCAAAAUUAAAGCCAUUGAUUAGCACCAGUUCUGCUUACUUUAAAAUUGUGUACUUUGAAGGUACUUUUUCUUCCCACUAGCCAUCUGGUUACAAUAAAUGAAUGGAAGAAAUA